AUGUGCCACCAGUUGACGACAGAACCAAUCUUUCACUUUGCCCCAACGCCCACUGUCGGUAGGCACGCUUUCGUGGGCGCGAAAGUCAACUUGCAAAAAUGUGACAUUUUUGACCUUUACCCGCGACCGGCGCCCACCAGUCCACCCACCCAAGCCAGAUGGCUUGUCCGCCAUUGUGCAACACUUAAGCCCCUGGCAAUCGGAUCACCAUAG